GCCGGACCCGCCGGGAGCCGUCCGCCCGACUGCGCCAGACUCCGGCAGCGGGACCCCCGAUGGCAGUGGGCACCUCCCCGUGAAACCUGCCAAGCUGGACGCCACAGCUCUGCACGCCGACACUUUGGCCAACCCUGUGCCCUCUCCGGAGGCGUGCCAGCAUGCAGUCGUAGCCUGCAGCCCGGGCCUCCCCGAGGAGCACUAUGUGAGCGAGGCUGCGGAAGAUGCUCCCAGCUACAGAGGGUACCGGGAUGCCUGCACCAUCACAGACGUGUGCAACAGCACCGACCUGCCGGAAGUCGAGAUCAUCAGCCUGCUGGAGGAGCAGCUGCCCCACUACAAGCUGAGGGCCGACACCAUCUACGGCUAUGACCACGACGACUGGCUCCACACCCCCCUCCUCUCUCCAGACGCCAACAUUGACCUCACCACCGAGCAAAUUGAAGAGACGCUGAAGUACUUCCUUUUAUGUGCUGAAAGAGUUGGCCAGAUGACUAAGACAUACAAUGACAUUGAUGCUGUCACUCGGCUUCUUGAGGAGAAAGAGCGGGAUUUAGAAUUGGCUGCUCGGAUUGGCCAGUCGUUGUUGAAGAAGAACAAGACGCUCACCGAGAGGAACGAGCUGCUGGAGGAGCAGGUGGAGCACAUCCGGGAGGAGGUGUCUCAGCUCCGGCAUGAGCUGUCCAUGAAGGAUGAGCUACUCCAGUUCUACACCAGCGCCGCGGAGGAGAGCGAGCCGGAGUCCGUGUGCUCAACCCCGUUGAAGAGGAAUGAGUCGUCGUCCUCAGUCCAGAAUUACUUCCAUCUGGAUUCUCUUCAGAAGAAGCUGAAGGACCUGGAAGAGGAGAACGUUGUACUGCGAUCCGAGGCCUGCCAGCUGAAGACGGAGACCAUCACCUACGAAGAGAAGGAGCAGCAACUGGUCAACGACUGCGUGAAGGAGCUGAGGGACGCCAACGUGCAGAUCGCCAGCAUCUCGGAGGAACUGGCCAAGAAGACCGAAGACGCUGCCCGCCAGCAGGAGGAGAUCACACACCUGCUGUCCCAGAUCGUCGACCUGCAGAAGAAGGCCAAAGCGUGCGCCGUGGAGAAUGAAGAGCUCGUGCAGCACCUGGGGGCGGCCAAGGAUGCCCAGCGGCAGCUCACGGCCGAGCUGCGCGAACUGGAGGACAAGUACGCCGAGUGCAUGGAGAUGCUCCACGAGGCGCAGGAGGAGCUCAAGAACCUCCGGAACAAGACGGUGCCCAACACCACGUCCCGGCGCUACCACUCGCUGGGCCUGUUCCCCAUGGACUCCCUGGCAGCCGAGAUCGAGGGGACGAUGCGAAAGGAGCUACAGUUGGAAGAGCCGGAGUCACCAGACAUCGCUCACCAGAAGCGAGUCUUCGAGACCGUGAGAAACAUCAACCAGGUGGUCAAGCAGAGGUCUCUGACGCCCUCCCCCAUGAACAUCCCCGGCUCCAACCAGUCCUCGGCCAUGAACUCCCUCCUGUCCAGCUGCGUCAGCACCCCCCGGUCCAGCUUCUACGGCAGCGACGUCGGCAACGUCGUCCUGGACAACAAGACCAACAGCAUCAUCCUGGAAGCCGAGUCGGCCAACCUGGGAAACAACGAGCAGAGCAAGAAGCCGGGGACGCCGGGCACGCCGGGCUCCCACGACCUGGAGACGGCGCUGAGGCGGCUGUCCCUCCGCCGGGAGAACUACCUGUCGGAGAGGAGGUUCUUCGAGGAGGAGCAGGAGCGGAAGCUCCGGGAGCUGGCGGAGAAGGGCGAGCUGCUCAGCGGCUCCCUCACGCCCACCGAGAGCAUCAUGUCCCUGGGCACGCACUCCCGCUUCUCCGAGUUCACCGGCUUCUCGGGCAUGUCCUUCAGCAGCCGCUCCUACCUGCCCGAGAAACUCCAGAUCGUCAAGCCGCUGGAAGGUUCUGCCACCCUUCACCACUGGCAGCAGUUGGCCCAGCCUCACCUCGGGGGCAUCCUGGACCCCCGGCCCGGUGUGGUCACCAAGGGCUUCCGGACGCUGGAUGUAGACGUGGACGAAGUGUACUGCCUUAACGACUUUGAAGAAGAUGACACAGGUGACCACAUUUCCCCCCCGGGCCUAGCUACCUCCACGCCAGCACAGCACCCAGAGACCUCAGCACACCACCCCGGGAAGUGUAUGUCACAGACCAACUCCACCUUCACCUUCACCACCUGUCGCAUCCUGCACCCUUCAGACGAGCUCACGCGAGUCACGCCAAGCCUUAACUCGGCCCCGACUCCAGCUUCUGGCAGCGCCAGCCACUUAAAGUCCACGCCGGUGGCCACGCCGUGCACGCCCCGGAGACUGAGCCUGGCCGAGUCCUUCACCAACACCCGCGAGUCCACGACCACCAUGAGCACGUCGCUGGGGCUGGUGUGGCUGCUGAAGGAGCGGGGCAUCUCGGCGGCCGUGUACGACCCCCAGAGCUGGGACCGGGCUGGCCGGGGCUCCCUCCUGCACGCCUACACCCCCAGGAUGGCCGUGAUCCCCUCCACCCCGCCCAACUCGCCCAUGCAGACGCCCACGUCUUCCCCGCCCUCUUUUGAGUUCAAGUGCACGAGCCCGCCCUACGACAACUUCCUGGCUUCCAAGCCGGCCAGCUCCAUCCUGAGGGAGGUGCGGGAGAAGAAGCCCGUCCGGAGCAGCGAGAGUCAGACGGACGUGUCUGUCUCCAACCUCAACCUCGUGGACAAAGUCAGGAGGUUUGGCGUGGCCAAGGUGGUGAACUCAGGGCGAGCCCCCAUCCCCAUCUUGACUGAGGACCAGGGGCCUCUCCUCUGUGGGCCCCCGGGCCCCGCACAGGCCCUUGUCCCUGGAGGCCUGGGACCCGAGGGCCUGCCUCUCGGAUGCUCCACCGUCACGAGUGCCAUCGGCGGGCUGCAGCUCAACAGCGGCAUCCGGCGGAACCGCAGCUUCCCCACCAUGGUGGGCUCCAGCAUGCAGAUGAAGGCCCCCGGGACGCUCACCUCGGGCAUCUUGAUGGGUGCUAAGCUCCCCAAACAAACCAGCUUGCGGUGAGGGUGGCAGGGGGGGCCCUUCCUCGGAGGAGACCAGUCUUGUCCUUCCUCCCUCGCUUCCCCCCUGAACUGCGCUCUCUCCCUCUUCCCUCCUUGCCCAUCCCCUCCUGAGCUAGACAAAUCAACCUCGUGCCUAAUGGGGGAAGAGCGGAGACUUUUGUAAAAUGUGUACAUAGGACUUGGAGACCAGUAUCCGACCUGCCCUUCCUUCAGACCCCACGGGCAGUGCCCCCGCACUGUUAUUGCUCUCAAGAGGACUUCACCUGUGCCGGCCUGGGGGCUGGGCAGGCCCGUGUCCUUUCCUCCUUCUGUCCUUUGAGAAGCACUGAAACUCCCCAGGGCGUUCUUAUCCCAUGGAUAGGGAACCAGGGAACUUGGGGCUGGCUGCCAGAGUGCCCGUCAUGAGCUGUCACACGGCACAGGGCACAAUGGCCCUGCCCCCCCACCCUCCCCCACCCCGUGUCGUUGGGCGCCUUGCCUCGCUCACCCUGUAAGAGGGUAAGGAGCCUCCGUCCACAGCCACAUGCAGCUGGCGUGGCCUUCAGGACCGGAGGGAGAGCUGUUCUUGCUUUUCUGGGUGAUCCAGCUCCUUCGAGACCUUCAUCCUCUGCCUCCGUGGAUGGUCGCUUCCUUUUGGAGGCGUGACGUUGGCUUCCCACGCCUUCAACCUGAAGUCAUCCUUCAAUGUCUUGCGAUCAGCUAUCAGGCCAGGCCCCUGACCGGAAAGAGAACCUGUUUACACUCCGCCGUGCGUGUCCUGUUCCAUUUUUUCUAUGUUUUAUAGGCAGGGAAGCCGUGGUCCCAGGUGGGAAGUCCCAGGGUGCGUUCUCUCUACGACACCAAAACACGAGUGGCAGACACACCACGCCGCUCAGGAGAUAGCUUAUUUCUGGGACCCAAGUGGCACAACCCAAUUGAAUACGGUCAGACCCAAGACAACCUCGACGAUAGCAUUACUAGUACAAGGAAAGGGGACAGGGGAAAAGGUUGUGAAUGAAAUACAUCAACAAAGGAAAAAGAACCAGAAGCAAAUGUAACACCAAACUGGUCCACGGGAGGAGCGAGGCUUUGGCCUCCAUGGCUGGGUCCACUCCUUACUCCGAAGCCCGAGUCUGGUCCAGGCGCUUUUCCUCCCGUGGUCUUUUGUGGCAGCCAUUCGAGGCCCACACAUACCCUCCCUCCCCCCCCGAAAGCCCUCUGCCUCCCGGUGCCACUUUUUAUCCUUAGGAAAAGAUAAAGGUGCUCGUGACACAAACGUGAGUGAGCGAGGGGGCCCCGUCCCGUUGCUGUCGCGGACUGGGCCUGGAACCCGUAUUUAUUACUUAUGUGUGCCGUGUUCUGAACAAGCACCCUCGCUCCUGCCCUGGUCACAGGGUGCCUGGCACUCUCGUCGAAGCAGGUCGUUUAUUUAUUCUAAUCUGAAGACUACAGUGUACCUCAUGGUGUCCUGUGGCCAUUUGUUCCCGACAUUUAUGCAAGGAUAACAUCACAUGCAAAUGAAAUUGCCAUUUUGCACCGUCCCCCCUCCCUCACACUCCCCUCUCCACUUGGCAAAGGAUGCGUCAUUCAGUUGAAGGAGUGUAACCUUCUGUCCACCGGAGACACUGUAAGAAAGUCCCCAGGAGCAAACCCCAGUCCCACGAUUUCAGACUAUUUAUUCUGUGAACACGAAGGUGUUGGUCAGUUGUUUUCAACACCCCUCGUGGCUGUAUGCGUGCACUCAAUGCAAGGAACGUAUAUCUUCUUAUCCGAAUGUAUUUACAGCAGUAGGUAGAAUAACAAAGGAACGUGAAGACCAUGCCUUGAACGGACCACUUGAUGUGUUCAGAGAGAGGAGCCACCCAUCAUCACAAAGGGAAAAUCAGCAAUUCGGAGGUUGCCGUAUUUAGUGUAGGACAUAAAGGAUCAACAUGGGGCGACCACUCUCAAAACGUGUGUUGUAAUGCAUCAAAGAUCAAUCAUAAGAUUUUCUUUGCUAAUGAAUAUCAAUAAAAUAAGUUCAAACGAU